AUCAAUCCUUAAUGUUUACAUCAAAGAUUUCGGGAUUUUGGUUUUCUUUCCUUUGGUAAAGAUGAAUUAGAAAGCAAUAACAAUCUUUUAAACUUUAACACGUUUCUAUCUAAAUAGGCAUUAAUUUUUUUAAAUGUAAAAAUGAAUUUAUUUGGUGACUCUGUGUUGCACAAAAUUCGAUGUUUCCAUUUGGGUAUUCGUUCGGUAUGUGAGAAAGUCAAUCCAAUAACCAAGCGUGGAUCAAUGUUAGCUGAAAUGAUAAAAAAUACUGAUAAAAGGAAGCAUUGGCACUUUGAAAUUCUACAGAAUAAUGCUAAGAGUAAAAAUGUUUUUGAAAAAGUGAGUAGACCUAGUAGGAGGCAAAAUGUCUUGAAUGCUCUCUUCAUCAGAAAUAUCACAGAUGUUUUAUCCACGGGUGAUACAAUUCCAGAGAUUAUUGGCUCUGGUAUUGAAAUAACAGGGGUAAAAAUAGCUCCUUGCUGUCGAAUUCUCAAUGUAUAUUGGCAGAUUCCUCAAAGUAGUUUUGCUGCUGAAGAAAUUAUAGCUACUGCAUUAAAUGGACGAGCUCACAAAAUCAGGGCUGAGCUUAUUAGUCGAAAUGUGAUGGGCCGUGUUCCUCAAAUAUUCUUCAUUAGAGACACUACAAAUGCUUAUGUAGCUGCAUUUGAAAAGGCCAUUCAAGAGGUUGAAGAAGAAAUGAAAAGUGAUUCUGGUGUAGUUCCAGAUGACUCAUUUAUGUCAAAGAAAAAACUAUAUAAAUUUACAGACUCAAAGCAAGAAAAAGAGAGAGAAAAAGAAACAAAAGUAAAGGUAACUGAAACCAUAAAAGAUAUAUCAGUGAAACCAACUGUCGCUCCUGCCAGACCUGUGGAUAUGAGAGCAGAUGUGUUUGGCUUGAAUCAUGAUCAGCUGAUGACCAGAGUAAAUGCUCAAAAAACAAAAAUUAAACUUCCAGAGAAAACAAAUGUGAUCACUGCUCCAGAAUGGGCUGAAAAUGAAACUGUCGAAGAUGAUGAUAUAUUCAGCAAAAUUCCUGGUACAACUGUCCACUCAGACUCGAACAGAGAAGAACUUUUGAAAAAAUUUCAAAUUGAAAGGAAGAAGCGCUUGCAGGACAAAAGAAAAAAGCCCCAAAAUGAUGAUGGCCCUUUAUUAUGUGAAGAAAAUGAGACAUAUGAAGAGCCUGAAUUUAAUAGAUUUUGUAGUUUUGAUGAUGAUUUUGUGGAAGAAGAUACCCCUGAAAGAUUUCAAUAGCACUUUUCACUGCAUUUAAAAGUUGCGAGAAAAAAAGAUAUUAAGAUAGUUGUGUUAAGUUUGUAAUAUCCACAUUUGGUUUUGCAAAAUGUAAAUAAAAUAAUUGUAAAUAUUUAAUAUUUUUAAAAAAUAAAUAAAAUGUUUAUUUAUU